AUGCAUGUGUCACUAGCAGAGGCCCUGGAGGUUCGGGGUGGGCCACUGCAAGAGGAGGAAAUGUGGGCUGUGUUAAACCAAAGUGCCGAAAGCCUCCAAGAAUUAUUCAGAAGAGUGAGCAUCACUGACCCGGCUGCCCUGGGCUUCAUCAUCUCACCAUGGUCGCUGCUGCUGCUGCCAUCUGGCAGUGUCUCCUUCACAGACGAGAGUAUUUCCAGUCAGGACAUGCGAGCAUUCACAGCACCAGAAGUUCUUCAAAACCAUCCGCUGACUUCUCUCUCAGACGUUGAAAAGAUCCAUAUUUACUCUCUUGGAAUGACGCUGUAUUGGGGGGCAGAUCAUAAAGUACCUCAAAGCCAACCCAUCAAGCUGGGAGAUCAUCUCAACAGCAUUCUCCUGGGCAUGUGUGAGGAUGUUAUUUAUGCUCGAGUGUCGGCGCGAACUGUCCUGGAUGCCUGCAGUGCCCACGUUAGGAAUAGCAACUGUGCGCCUUCGUUUUCCUACGUGAAACAGUUGGUGAAGCUGGUUCUGGGGAAUAUCCCCAGGACGGAUCAGCUCUCCUGUAGCAGUGAAGAGAAGCCUGAUCGAAGCCAGGCGAUUCGGGACCGGCUGAGAGGAAAAGGCUUGCCCACAGGAAGAAGCUCCACUUCCGAUGUACUAGACACGCACAAGGCUCCAUUCUCUCAGCAGACUUUUCUUAACAAAGGGCUUAGUAAGUCUAUGGGAUUUCUGUCCGUCAGAGACACACAAGCCGAGGAAGAUUAUUUCAAGGAUAUCCCAUCUGAUAGUAAUGCCAGGCAUGAAGACUCUGAGACUCUAUCUUCCCCUUACCUGUUCAAGACUAGCAGUCCACAAAAAAAGGUCACCCCUGGAGUUGAUGUGCUUUCCAAGAAGAAGACCUGGGCUUCGUCCAUGGACUUGCUUUGCACAGCUGACAGAGACGUUUCUGGGGAGACUGGCAGGUACUGUGAUGCCGAGCCAGUACCAGGACGGACUUCAACCGCUCCUAGAAGAAAAGAGGGAAGAUACUCUGAUGGGAGCGUUGCCUUGGAUAUCUUUGGCCCUCAGAUAGCUGAGCCGGUGAUACACGCCCGAGAACCGCUGGCCUCCUCCGCAGUAUCAAGUGCUUUGGACCGAAUCCGAGAAAGACAAAAGAAACUUCAGGUGCUGAGAGAAGCUAUGAAUGUAGAAGAACCAGUUCGAAGAUACAAAACUUACCACAGUGAUAUCUUUAGCACCUCCAGUGAAAGCCCAUCUAUUAUUUCCUCGGAAUCAGAUUUCAGACAAGUGAGAAGAAGUGAAGCUUCCAAGAGGCUUGAGGCCAGCGGUCUUCCUGGAGUGGAUGAAACCGGUCACGGCCAGUCACGACCAAGGCAGUAUGAACCCUCCCUUGAAGGCAGCCUAAUCAAUCACGACAUGAUGCUAAGGCGACAGGAAGAAGAGAUGGUGCAGUUGCAGGCCCGGGCUGCUCUCCGGCAGUCCCGCCUGAGUCUGUACCCGGGGGACACCAUCAAGGCGUCCAUGCUGGACAUCUCUAGAGAUUCACUGAGGGAAAUCGCCCUGGAGACAGCCAUGACCCAGAGAAAGCUAAGGAAUUUCUUUGGCCCUGAGUUUGUGAAGAUGACAAUUGAGCCGUUUGUAUCUUUGGAUUUGCCGCGGUCUAUUCUCACCAAGAAGGGGAAGAAUGAGGACCACCGGAGGAAAGUGAACGUGCUGCUCCUGAAUGGGCAGAAGCUGGAGCUCACCUGUGACACCAAGACCGUAUGCAAAGACGUCUUUGACAUGGUCGUGGCUCACAUUGGCUUAGUGGAGCAUCACUUGUUUGCUCUUGCUACCCUCAAAGAGAAUGAAUAUUUCUUUGUUGAUCCUGACUUAAAAUUAACCAAAGUCGCCCCGGAUGGAUGGAAAGAGGAACCAAAGAAAAAGGGCAAAGCCGCCGUUGACUUUACUUUGUUUUUCCGAAUUAAAUUUUUCAUGGAUGAUGUUAGUCUGAUACAACACAAGCUCACCUGCCAUCAGUAUUACCUUCAGCUGCGGAGAGACAUCCUGGAGGAGAGGGUGCACUGUGAGGAUGAGGCAUGCCUGCUCCUCGCAUCCCUGGCUCUUCAGGCCGAGUACGGAGACUAUCAGCCAGAGGUUCAUGGGGUGGCCUACUUUCGCCUGGAGCAUUACUUGCCUGCCAGAGUGAUGGAGAAACUUGACGUAUCCUACAUCAAGGAGGAGUUGCCCAAAUUGCACAACACGUACGCAGGCGCCUCUGAGAAGGAGACAGAGCUAGAGUUCUUAAAGGUCUGCCAGAGGCUGGUAGAAUAUGGAGUUCAUUUUCACCGAGUGCACCCCGAAAAGAAGUCCCAGACAGGAAUACUGCUAGGAGUCUGUUCCAAGGGUGUGCUUGUGUUUGAGGUUCACAAUGGAGUCCGCGCGUUGGUCCUUCGCUUUCCUUGGAGGGAGACAAAAAAGAUUUCCUUUUCAAAAAAGAAAAUCACAUUACAAAACACAUCAGAUGGAAUCAAGCAUGCGUUCCAGACAGACAGCAGCAAGGCGUGCCAGUACCUGCUGCAGCUGUGUUCCUCCCAGCACAAGUUCCAGCUGCAGAUGAGGGCGCGGCAGAGCAACCAAGACGCCCAGGACAUUGAGAGAGCUUCGUUUAGGAGCCUGAACCUGCAAGCAGAGUCUGUUAGAGGAUUUAAUGUGGGCCGCGCAGUCAGCACUGGCAGUCUGGCCAGCAGCACCAUCAACAAAGUGGCUGUCCGACCCCUGUCAGUUCAAGCUGAGAUUCUGAAGAGGCUAUCCACCUCAGAGCUGUCGCUUCACCAGCCAUUGCAAAGUAGCUCGAAAGAGAAGAGAGACAAAGCCUCAUGGGAGGAGCAGCCUAGAGCGAUGAGCAAAUCCUACCACGACCUCAGUCAGGCCUCUCUCUGUCCUCAUCGGAAACAGGCCAUUAACACGGAGUCCCUGCCACCAGCCUUUGUGGAGCUGGUGGGGAAACCAUUGUACCCGACGGCAAGACCUGACACAGACUCACUGGCAGGACUCCCAAAGAUUAAUAAUUCAAAGUCUGUUGCCAGUUUAAAUAGAAGCCCCGAAAGAAGGACACAUGAAUCAGACUCACCCAUUGAAGACCCUGGUCAAGCAUAUGCCAUAGGAGUGAGUUUGCAUAGUUCUGGGAAACCUUCACCCCAAGCUCGUUUUAAAGACAAUGAUACACUACACAAAAGAUGGAGCAUUGUGUCUUCACCCGAGAGAGAGAUCACACUGGUGAACCUAAGGAAAGAUCCAAAGCACGGCUUAGGGUUUCAAAUUAUUGGUGGGGAAAAGAUGGGAAGACUGGAUCUAGGUGUGUUUAUCAGUUCAGUCACCCCCGGAGGACCGGCUGACGUGGAUGGAUGCCUGAAGCCUGGAGACCGUUUGAUAUCUGUGAACAGUGUGAGUCUGGAAGGCGUCAGUCACCAUGCUGCAGUUGACAUUCUGCAGAAUGCACCUGAAGAUGUGACACUUGUCAUCUCCCAGCCAAAGGAAAAGCUAUGCAAAGUGCCUUCCACUCCUGUGCACUUUGCCAAUGGGAUGAAAAACUACAUGAAGAAGCUGCCCUACACGCACGACACUGCUAUAGACCCUUCAGAGGAGCAGCCCUGGCCACGCGGCACUCUGAGGCACCUCAAAGACAGUCCAUGUGGGCUCCCUGGGGGCCUGCGGGAAGGAAGCCUCAGUUCCCAAGAUUCCAGGACUGAAAGUGCCAGCUUGUCCCAGAGCCAAGUCAAUGGCUUCUUUGCCAGCCACUUGGGUGACCGAGGCUGGCAGGAACAACAGCAUGGCAGCCCGUCUCCAUCUGUAGCGUCCAAGGUCACUGAGAGGACCUUCUCCGACAGUAACCAAAGCAAAGCUAAGUGGCCAGGCAUCUCUGAUGUAGCCGAGCACUCUGAUCGAGCUGAUUCCGACACAGAUGACGCCAUUUAUGCCAGCAGUCAGGACCAUCAAACACCAAAAAAGGAACCCUCCUCCUCAGUGAAUACAUCCAACAAAAUGAACUGUAAAACCUUUUCUGCAUCACCUCCUAAGCCUGGAGAAGUCUUUGAGGUUGAACUGGCUAAAAAUGACAACAGCUUGGGAAUAAGUGUCACGGUACUGUUUGACAAGGGAGGUGUGAAUACCAGCGUGCGACAUGGUGGUAUUUAUGUGAAAGCCAUUAUUCCCAAAGGAGCAGCAGAGUCAGAUGGCAGAAUUCACAAAGGUGAUCGCGUGCUGGCUGUUAAUGGAGUCAGCCUGGACGGAGCUACCCACAAGCAUGCUGUGGAAAUACUAAGGAACACAGGGCAGGUGGUUCAUCUCUUGUUAGAAAAGGGGCAGUCACCAACACCCAGAGAGCACGAUCCUGCAGGCCCACAGUGCACCCCUGCAGACCAGGAUGCCCAAGGCCAAGCCUCAGAAAAGAUGAAGAAAACGGCUCACGACAAAGACUACAGCUUUGUCACCGAAGAUAAUACAUUUGAGGUCCAACUGUUUAAAAACAGCUCUGGCCUAGGAUUCAGCUUUUCUAGAGAAGAUAAUCUUAUUCCAGAACAAAUAAAUGCCAGCAUAGUAAGGGUUAAAAAGCUCUUCCCUGGACAGCCAGCCGCGGAAAGUGGGAAAAUUGAUGUUGGAGACGUCAUAUUAAAAGUUAACGGAGCCUCACUGAAGGGGCUGUCUCAGCAGGAAGUCAUCUCUGCUCUCAGGGGGACAGCACCGGAAGUAUCCUUCCUUCUCUGCAGACCCCCACCUGGUGUGCUGCCAGAAGUCAAUGCCAGUGCCACAACCCCACUGCACUCUCCAGCACAAGCUUUUCUGAAUAGCAGUAAAGAGCCUCCUCAGCCGGCAUCCUCCUCAGCGGAGCCAGGUACCAGCUCAGGCGAGAACGAGGUGUCUGGCAAAAACAAGAAGCAGGGCAAGUCUCCAUCCAGGAGAGGGAGUUACAGUGACAGCAGCGCGAGUGGAGAGGACGACCCUGUGAGAGCUCCAGCAGAGAUGCCAGAUGUGACCCAGACCCUGAGCAACAUGGCGUUACAGGCGCACAACCAACAUGAGACACCCAGAAGCCAGGAAGAAUCCACAUGCACCAUGUUUUACCUACCCCAGAAAAUACCCAGCAAACUGGAAUCAGAGCGCAGCCAUCUUCCUCCUCCACUGGCCCUGAGUCCUGAACAGCUCUGCCAGCCCCAGUCAGAGUGUGUUCCCACUGGCUCCAUUGGUAAAUACCAUGCUCGCCUUGUUUCUGAACUGAACAAGCAAGAAAACUUGACAGCUCAGAAAAAUGAUUUGAGAAACCACCUUGACGACUCCGAGCUGGAGGUAGAACUUCUUGUUACCUUGAUUAAGUCAGAAAAAGGAAGUCUGGGUUUCACCGUGACCAAAGGCAGUCAGAGUAUUGGCUGCUAUGUCCACGAUGUCAUACAGGAUCCAGCCAAAGGUGAUGGAAGGCUAAAGCCAGGAGACCGGCUUAUAAAGGUCAAUGACACAGAUGUUACAAACAUGACCCACACAGAUGCGGUGAACCUGCUGCGAGCUGCACCCAAGACAGUCAGGCUGGUUGUUGGGCGGGUUCUAGAGCUGCCCAGGAUGCCGGUGUUCCCCCACCUGCUGCCUGAUGUUACAGUGACGUGCCAUGAAGGGGAGUUAGGAUUCUCUCUAUCUGGGGGUCACGGCAGUCCACACGGAGUGGUGUAUAUCAGUGACGUCAGCCCGAGGUCAGCUGCAGCCGUGGACGGUAACCUCCAGGUGUUAGACGUCAUCCAUUAUGUGAACGGAGUCAGCACACAAGGAAUGUCCUUGGAGGAGGCAAACAGAGCGUUGCACCUGUCACUUCCCUCAGUGGUGCUGAAAGCAACAAGAGAUGGUUUCCCAGUGGUGCCUACUUCAACGAGAUCUGCCAUCUCAGCGCCCAAGUUCACCAAAGCCAAUGGCCAUCCCAGAAUGGAGUCUUGUGGACAGCCUGCACUCACGCCUAAGAAUUCAUUCUCCAAGGUUAAUGGCGAAGCAGUGACUGAGGCUCUGCACCCGGAAGGAAGACGCUCAUCUUCUCAGAUGACGGAGCCAGCAGACUUGACUGAAACCAAAGAAUCAGAUUCCCAGGAUGAUGACUUCUAUGACGAUCCUCAAGAAGCCGAACUUAUCCAGUCCUUACUGGAUGUUGUGGACCAGGAAGCCCAGAACCUCUUGAAUCAGGCGAAUGCCACCAGAAGGGCCUGCUCUCCAGAUCCGUUGAGGACAAACGGGGAAGAAGGGGCAGAAGAUACUGACUGUGAUGGCUCUCCAUUACCUGAGGACGUCCCUGAGUCAAUGAAUGGGUAUGAAGAAAGAAUAAGCAGUGAAAGGCAUGGCUUAGCUCCGGCAUCUCAAGAAGAGAAGCCUAUGGAAGAUGAGGUGAUACGGGGAAGCCUCGGCUUGCCAGAAGAGACAACCAACCGUGAGGAUUCCAACAAAGAUCACCUCUUCCUGACGAAUGAGGAGCUGGCUGCCCUGCCAGUCGUCCAAGUCCCUCCCUCUGGCAAGUACACGGGCACGCAGUUGCAGGCCACCAUCCGCACGCUUCAAGGCUUGCUCGAGCAAGGGAUCCCUUCUAAGGAGCUGGAGAACCUUCAAGAACUAAAACCUUUGGAUCAGUGUCUGAUUGGACAGACUAAGGAAAACCGAAGGAAGAACAGAUAUAAAAAUAUCCUACCCUAUGACACCACAAGAGUGCCUCUUGGAGAUGAAGGUGGCUACAUCAAUGCCAGUUUCAUCCGGAUCCCAGUGGGGACAGAGGAAUUCGUCUACAUCGCCUGCCAGGGGCCUUUGCCCACCACCGUGGGGGAUUUCUGGCAAAUGGUCUGGGAGCAGAGCUCCACAGUGAUAGCAAUGAUGACACAGGAGGUGGAAGGGGAGAAGGUCAAAUGCCAGCGCUACUGGCCGAGCAUCCUUGGCACUACCACCAUGGCCAACGAGAGGCUGCGCCUGGCCCUCCUGAGGAUGCAGCAGCUGAAGGGCUUCAUCGUGAGACUGAUGGCCCUGGAGGACAUUCAGACAGGAGAGGUGCGACAUAUUUCCCACCUGAAUUUCACCGCCUGGCCAGACCAUGACACACCUUCGCAGCCAGACGACCUGCUCACAUUUAUCUCCUACAUGAGGCACAUCCAUAGGUCAGGCCCAGUCAUCACACACUGCAGCGCUGGCAUUGGACGUUCAGGGACCCUCAUAUGCAUAGACGUGGUCCUGGGACUAAUCCGCCAAGAUCUGGAAUUCGACAUCUCCGACUUAGUGCGCUGCAUGAGACUACAGAGGCACGGCAUGGUGCAGACAGAGGGUCAGUAUGUUUUCUGCUAUCAGGUCAUCCUCUAUGUCCUGACGCAUCUUCAGGCUGAAGAACAGAAGGCGCAGGUGGGCUCCCACAGUGACACAGAGCAUCCGGCGAGUGCCCCCCUCCCUCCCUGCCUCCAGCAUACGCCUGCGCUCCACUCAGAUGAGGACAGCAAAGCCAAACAGUACCCAAGAUGCUGUGUUUUCACAGCCACCUUAACCUCUGAUGUUAUCAAAGUCUUUCAUCACUAACGGAACAAGGCACCAUUUGAUCAGAGUGCACGUUGUUACAAAGAAUGCUGGGUCUAUUUUUAAUGUACCAAAUCUUGUUUAUAGCAGAUCUUUUUCCAGUAUUUUAAUAAAGUAGAUUUAUUUUAUAGGGGAUACUUGAAGCCAGUGUUUAAGCUUUUAUUGACAGUAAUAUUGGCAUAGAAGAGAAACUAGCAAUGUUUACUGCAUCAGUUUCUAAUGUUUACUAUAUACAAUUUCCUGUAAUAUAUUUAUAUACUUUUCAUGAACAUGGAGUUAUCAGAUACCCCUUUGUACCUGCAUCAUCGUUUUUAAUGCAUCAUCUCACUUUGUAAAUAAAAUUACACCUUAAGACAUAGACAA